UUUCUCUUUGCACAGCCGGACCCAGCAGGACGGGACAUCUCCAUCCGCCCUCUCCUGGAGCACUGUGAGAACACCCACAUGACCAUCUGGCUCGGUAUCGUCUAUGCCUACAAGGGGCUUCUCAUGUUGUUCGGUUGUUUCUUAGCUUGGGAGACCCGCAACGUCAGCAUCCCUGCACUCAACGACAGCAAGUACAUCGGGAUGAGCGUCUACAACGUGGGCAUCAUGUGUAUCAUUGGGGCCGCCGUCUCCUUCCUCACCCGGGACCAGCCCAACGUGCAGUUCUGCAUCGUGGCCCUGGUCAUCAUCUUCUGCAGCACCAUCACCCUCUGCCUGGUGUUUGUGCCGAAG